UUGAAUAUACAUUCUGCCAGUACCAAUGUGACAGAAUGGCCAACGUGGAACAGUUCACCUGCCCAGCAUGUACACCAAACAUGCUUGCUCUCUGUGCAGAUGGCAACAGAAAACAAUACCGAUUUCGGCAGUCAAAAGGGUCAGAGGAGCCAUAUUUUGAUGGCACCUUUAUCUCCAGAGACGCAGAUGUCCACCAUUUUGUUGAGGACGUCAGAUGCAAAAUUAAAAGUACUGCAGGGAGAGGAACCUGUGGAGCAAGUCAGUGGUCUGGUGCUCGGGAGACUGCAAGAAGAGCGAGCAAACUUGAUGAAGAGGGGCUUGAGGUGGUUGUUUGCAGGCAUGGAGUGUUGCUCAAGGCUCUCAAUAUGUACAGGGGAGAAAUAUUUGCCUAUCCCCUGUUCCUGCAAAAAGAGCUUCAGGCAACCACAAAAGGGCAGUUCUACUGCACAGCUUUUGCCUGCAAAUACUGGCCCUACCUGGAGAAGCUGGCAGCAUCCAUGAUGGACCUCAGACCUUUGCUGCAGAUGAGGCCAUUCCUGUCCGUCAUGCAUGCCAAGGCCCAUUCAACCAAGUGUGAGAUCAUCUGGAGUGGCAGAAACCAGGAGGGUGCAGGCACAACUGCAGGGGAGGAGGUGGAAAUGGUAAACAGCUACCUUUCUCGUUGUGCCCUCACCACCAAGUAUAUGACAAAAUCUGCCAGGAAUGACAUACUGACGAUCCACGCAAUUGGGUGGAACAGACGGAAGCAGGAUGGCCUUCAUCUUGCCUUGUCCAGCAGAUAUAUCAAGACUUUCCAAAAGGCUCAGGCUGAGUCUCAGAGACUAGAGGAUUUGAGCAGUGAAGUUGGGUGUCCUGAGAACAUGAUGCAGCAGUGGGUACAUGAUGUCAAACAGUGGGCUACCGAUGAUUCUGCUGGUUCCCGAUGUGAUGACCUUCAGCAAUCAAUCGAACAAAUGUUUCUUGGUGUACAUCAAAAAAAAGCCAGGCUUUAUACUCAGACUGACAGCAACAAAAUUCGACACUUGCGACGGAGGAAACUGGGAGAAGAGAAGAAAAAACUCCUGGAGACGAUCAAGCUCUACAAUGAGCAGGUGCCACGUGAGGAGCGGAUUGAUGUGGAGAAGGUGGAGAGCAGACUCUCUGUGGUAGGACCAGACAGUGGCACAGAUCUAAUAUGGCUAUGGGAAGUGCACAGGAGUGAUUCCAGCAAUAUCCUCACAAAGAAGAAGAUUUUUGAUGCAUACAUGUCAAAAAUGCGGCUUGAAGAGGAAAAGGUCAUUGUGAUGAGGGAGAUGAGACAGCACUGCACCUAAGAAGCUAACCUUUAUCUCCUUGCAGCUUGUUUUGGGGAUACUAAGUAUUUGUAACCAACCACCACUGCAGAUCCUGGUUAAGAACACUACAAAUGUUUACAAGUUUUUUCUCACGUGUAACUCAUACACAAACAAUUGUAUUGAUUUUGGUGACCCCAUGACCUUUCCUCUAACACAGUGGUCUUUAACUCAACCCUGAAUACAGGAUAAGUUCAGACUUUUUGAGGUCUAUUCCCUUUCAAUGUCCAGUGUCCAAUGUCAUGCAGUGGAGGUCACAUUUUCACCUCAAUCCAUCUAGUUCCACUGUACUGGAGGCACAGCUCAACUGCAACCCAGUUCAAGUCCACGGUGCCAACAUUUUUAAUUUAUUUCAUUACAAAAACCCACCAGACUUUACAGCCAAAGAUAAUAUGAUGCUACGGAAGUUUCUCGUUACAAAAUGGAGUGGAAACCUUUAUUCACUGUUCCUAAAUUCCCUCUUUGUUAGGAUAAUUUGCUCAGUGGAAAUCUCCAGGUUAGCGUCGGUUGGUCUUGCUAGUUGAUAUCCUAACAAGGAGGAAAUUAAGCCACAGUAACUCUUCACCACUAAAAGGUGUUGAGAGCUCAAACUCCAUUCCAACACACCCAGGCUGUCACUUUGAGACCCUUUGGUGUGGCAUUAUAAAUUGCUUGUUGCAGAAUCUAAAUGAUUUGUCAUUCUUCAGUAAAGUGAGUUUAUGACUAGCUGAAUAGCACAAAGUUAUUGGAAAUAUUUGUAAUAUCUUUCAUAUUUAUUUCCAGGAAGUUAACGUAUGCUCAAGUUACAGCCAGGCUUUGGGACCAAAUGCCGGUUCUCUGCUGGAG